AAGGAACAUCAUCAAGCCAUGGAACACACUCUUAUAUCCGAGAGCUUAGUGUGCCAGUUUCAGGGAUUUCGAGUUCAAAGUUCGACUCAAACUUGAAGUACGAGGUCAAAGGGUUUUUUUUCAGACUUUUCCAUGCAAAUAUGAUCCCUAAAUAAACUACUCGUAAUUAAAUGCAAUAUCAGUCACACACAAUAGGAGACGUAGCAGAAGUGCAGAACUCCACGAGAGGACAACACCUAUACCUGGGCAUAUCUCGGGUCGGGCCAGGCCAAAAAAGCCCGGUGCUAAAAACCCAGGAUCGAGCCCGGCCUGGCCCGGCCACUAGGCCUAAAAAAUCGGGCCCGAGCCCCACCCGAGCCCGAGAAAGCCCGACAUGACCCGGUCGGCCCGGCCCGACUACGGCUAAAAACUCGCUUUGUGCAGGCCCAAGCCCGGCCCGGCCACGGGCCUACAAAAUCAGGCCUGAGCCCAGCCCAAGCUCGAGAAAGCCCGACACGGCCCGGUCCAACUACGGCUAAAAACUCGCUUUGUGCAGUCCCGAGCCCGGCCCGACGGCAAACUCGGGCUCAGCCCGGCCCGGGAUUUUCGGGCCGUCCAGUAAGGGCUGCCCAUGGCCAGGUCUGUGGACAACACCACACGGCAGCAGAUGGACGCCCCGCACGGCCGCCACGCCUCUCCCUCCACGCGCCCCUCGAGCGCCUUCCCUCUGCUGUCAUCCCGCAGCAAUAGCAGCAGAUGUGGCGGCCGAUCGAGCGGGUGUGUCAGCACUAGCACCACCGACGGGGGUUGCAGUUGCAGGAGAGUCCGAUUCUCCUCGCGUCGUCGCCGGCUAGCCCUCCAGAUCCAGCGCGGGGCCGAUUCCGGAGACCGGAGUGCGGUCGGUCGGGUAACCAUCUUCCUCCCCCUCGCGUCCUCUGCCCGAGCUCUGGCGGCGUUGUCCUUGUUGUGUGGUAGCCUCGCGAUGCGAGCCAGCAACAACAUGAAGAAGGAGAGUGGAGCGACUACGAGGCACGGCGGCGCGCGAGGAGGUUUGGAGACUGAUGUUUUCUGCCGAGCGGGAUGGUUAUUACUUCAUUGGAGGGAGUCUUUCGCCGGCAAUUUGGUCAAUGCCGGCGGGCUGCCGGCUUCGCUGGACCAUCGUGGAAACUUCCUUUGACUGUGACUGCCUAACGGUGCCAUGUUUUGUUUAUGGAACAAUAGCAAUCGAAAUUUCGGUUUAAACACCACAUGUCCCCUACUCCAGCACCAGGGUGAGCAGAAUUUAUCAUUUGCUCAUUGGUGGCUCUCAUCUCACACGAACACACACACACGAACACACAGAGAGAAAACCAUCCAUCCAUGGACAUACCUGUCUCUGCUCCACUCGCUUUUGCAGGAAAGUAUGUGGCCACUCCGGCUAUAUCUUUCUUGGUCAGCAAGGCUUUCAGCUACAUCAAUGAAUACUUCAAAUCCGAAGACAUGGAUGAGUUGAAGAACCGGCUCCUGCUGGCCAUGCCACACAUCCAAGCGGUGUUUGAUGUCGUCAAGCCGGAACUUGUCAGGGAGCAAAGCAGCGCCCUAGAGGCAUGGCUCUGGCAGCUCAGGGAUGUAGUCGAGGCUGCAGAAGACGCCAUCGACGAGCUUGAAUACUACGAGCUCGAGGCCAAGGCCAAGGACCGAAAGGUUAGUGAGUGGGGUUCUCCUUUUGAUAAGAUGAACCACAAGCUUGUUAGAUCCGUUCAGAUUGGACCUGUCUUCAACAAGACUCACAAGAAAUCUACUCAUGGUGACACCGUCAAGAGAUUGAUGAAAUUUGUGCAUGAAUUAGACAAGGCCGCUGCAGGUGUGGUCAGUUUCCUCACUCUCACAGACCAUCUCAGUGGGCGCUCUUCUAGCACCAGCAGCCAACAACAAGUGCCGAAGCUGGUGAAAAAUGAUCGCCAGACGGGUUCGACAUUAAGUGCAACCAAAUUUGUUGGACGAGAAAAGGAGAAAGAAAAGAUUAUUGGAUGGUUGAUGAACACGCCAGUUCAAUUAGCAGAAACUGAGACUGGGGUGACAAUGAUCAACAAUAUUCCCAUUAUUUCAGUGGUCGGUCAUGGUGGCAUGGGGAAGACUACUUUGGCUCAGAGUAUAUGCGAACAAGAUGAGGUACGGAAGCAUCUUAAGAUCAUUUGGAUUACUGUGUCUGCUAGCUUUGAUGCGACAUCAGUGACAAGUAAAAUACUGGAAUGUGUUACAGGCGCAAAACCAAACACUGAUAAUUUGGAACCACUACAACAGUAUCUCAAAGAGAAACUCAAGUCUAUUAAGUUUUUGCUAGUUUUGGAUGACGUUUGGGAAGAUAAGAAAAGAGAUGAAUGGGAGAAGUUAUUUGCUCCUAUGAGAAAACUGAACACCGCUGGGAGCAAAAUUUUGUUGACAACCCGAAUGCAAUCUGUAGCGUACAUGGCAGCAAUAGUGAUGGGAGUCAAAAUGGAUCAGUGUUUGACAUUAAAAGGAUUGGAAGAAGAUGAAAAUCUUGAGCUCUUCAUUCAUCAUGCUUUUUCCAGGUUGAAUGCGGGAGACCAUGUAUAUGCAAAAUUAAUUGGAGAACGAAUUUCAAAGAAACUAAGAGGAUGUCCAUUGGUAACAAAGGUUGUCGGGGAGCAUUUGCAAGAUAACAUAUCACUUGAAUACUGGAGCAGAUUCUUGCAUCAAGGACUGGAACAUUUCAAAGGAGCCGAAGAAGACAUUAUGAAGGUUCUUAGAUUAAGCUACUACCACCUGCCAACAGAGCUACAAAUUUGCUUUCGAUAUUGUUGCAUCUUUCCGCGAGACUAUGAAUUUGAAAAGAAAGAACUAGUGCAAUUGUGGAUUGGUUCAGGAUUGAUCUCAGAGUUUGCAAGUGACACUCAAACUUUGGAGGUUACUGCAGAAUUGUUCUUGUCUCAGCUAACUAGAAAGUCAUUUUUUGAUCUGAAAUCCAAAUCUAGUGCGUUGAAACAAGAAAGUUAUGUAAUGCAUGAUUUGAUGCAUGAAUUAGCAAAGAAUGUGUCCAUUGGUGAAUGUGCAAAAAUAGAUGAUCCUGUCCAGCUUAAAGAUGAAAAGGAUACACUCCGUCACCUAUGCAUUGUCAAUAUUCAUAGUUUCUCUGCUGAUGAGAUCAAAAGAUUCUCGCAUUUUAAGAAUCUGCGCACUAUUAUCAUUUAUAAUGAAUGCGAGGUUGGAAAUGACGUUGUUUGUGCUGUUGAAAUGGUUGUUGAGAGCUCAAAAUCUUUGCGUCUAUUUCAUUCAGAAUUGAGAAACACAUUCUCUUUUGCUGACAAGUUUGCUAGCCUGAAACAUCUUCGUUAUAUCUACUUGCAUCAAAUAUCACCAGACACAAUAUGUGGGGUUGCCAAACUAUAUCACUUGAUGGUACUUCGAUGUGGUAUGGGUUUGGAGACUGAAACAUAUGAAGUGAGAUACUUAGGGAACCUUGAACGCUUGAGAUAUGUAUCAUAUGGAGUGCAUGGAUUUGGUUGUUUCGGCAUAAGCAGGCUCACUUCUCUUCAGGAAUUACAUGACUACCAGGUAGGAGGAAGAAUAUGCAAUGAAAUAAGUGCAAUUGGGAGCUUAAGAGAUCUCCGUGAAUUGGGUGUUCAGGGUCUUGAGAAUGUUAGGAAUUAUGAAGAAGCUAAGAAUGCCAAGUUGAAGGAGAAACAACAUCUUGACGAGUUAUGUCUAGAGUGGUCGAAAUCUGAGCAAAUCAUGACAGAUGGCUUGAUUCUUGACCACCUUGAGCCACAUGCUAAUAUAAAGGUAUUGCAAAUUCAGGGUUAUGAGGGUCCCAGGGUUCCAUUUUGGAUUGAGAAUCGCUCUGUCAAAAACCUGGUAUCUCUCAGGUUGAUAAGCUGUAUAAAUUGGGAAUACCUUCCCUCUCUCGGUGAGUUAGAAUUGUUGAAGCUUCUAAUGUUGGACCACCUUCCUAAGCUACGGCAGAUUGGUCGACCAUCUGAUAUGUCCAGUAACUCCAUGGAGUUGUUGUUACCUCAGAGCCUUGAUACUUUGGUAGUAAUUGAGUGCCGAAAAUUGAGGGAAUUACCUAUUCUACCUCCAAGCCUAGUAUCAUUGCAAAUACGACAUGUUUGGCUGACCAAACUUCCUAUGAUUGGCAAGAUAUCAAGUGAGAGCAUUGAGUCCAAAUCAUCUAAGUUGACAGAGAUAAUUAUCACCGGCUGUCCAUGUUUAACUUCGCUGGAAGGGAGCCUUUUGGAGCAAAAACUGUACAUGGGAGCUCUCCGUGUCCUAAAAGUUGAUGAUUGUAUACAGCUGGAGUCUGCGUCCAUACCAUUUGAAGAAAUGAAAGAACUUAAGGAGCUGAAAGUAAAGACAUGUCCAAAGUUGAGGACGACGAGAGAUGCAAGAGAUAAGCUCGUGCCAUUGUCACUCCGGGAAUUAACAAUUGCCCAGUGUGGUGAUCUGGAACUUUCACUACUUGGGUCACUACAGCUGCUCACCAACUUAUCUCGGCUCGAGCUGGAGAACUGCUCGAGCCUGGUAUCUCUCCCCUCCAUGGAUGUGUUCAAGAGUCUCGGAUCCCUGCGGAUCAUUUACAUAGAUGGAUGCGAGAACCUCUCAUCCCUGGGAGGACUCGGAUCACUUCCAUUUCUCAUCUGGUUAAGUAUCGUCGGGUGCAGUAAACUCACGGAGGCUGUUGGGACCUCACUAACUCGAGUUGCAUCUGGUUUUGGUUCUGGUGGUGAGGAAGAGCAACUGGUGGAGACCGGCAGCUCACUGCAGAUAUGUUCUCUUAAAAUUGAUUUGCCGUCCUUGCUGCUUCUUGAGCCGCUCAAGAGUCUGUGCCACACUGAAUAUUUAGACAUUAGUAAUGGGUCAGAGAUGGAGAGCUUACCUGAGCGAUGGCUGCUACAGAACCGCACAUCCCUCCAAGGCCUGGAUAUAACCAAAGCAGAUUCCUUGAGAUCGCUCCCACCGAGCAUGCAAGACCUCUGCUCUCUCAAGGAACUAUGGCUAUUUGGUGCUGGGCAACUCCGGUCACUUCCAUAUCUGCCCUCCUCCUUGAAAAAGCUGAACAUUACGGGAUGUCAUCCGGAGCUGGAGAAGGAGAUCAUAACACAUGGAAGCCCUGAAUGGAACAAGAUCUCCCACAUCCCUUAUGCGACAAUAGGAGAUUGGUAUUUCGUCAUGGACAAGAAAUUCAGGGAAGGGGCUUUGAUCACAUCCAACUAAGUGACAGUGACCACAACAGACUUGUGUCCGAGUCAUGGCUGCACUAGUGGAAGAAACGGUUCUAUCUCCCAAGCCUGUUGUUGCUAAAAAAAAAUGCUGACAAGAAGCUUCAGACAGUGCCAUCUGAAAGGUUUUUCAGACUCUUAAUUUACUUCAAGUUGUCUCCUUGUUCAUCAGACAUUUCGGCUUGUCUUUCUGACAAGAUCACGGCAUGCCAUGUUUUGCCGGAUGAUACUCACUGAAUGCAAGGAUACGAGGGAAAGAGAAACUGACGUCGAGCUCAGUUCAGUUAUGCGUGUACAAAAUGGAGCCAAGACGAAGUUGAAAUUUGGAGUUUGUAAAAGGAACAUGGUAGAAUUUAUGUUGGGCUCUUGUACCCGGGGAGUCUCUUGAUUAGAGGUUUGCGCGUCAGUCGUCUGAAUGGUAGUAAACUUGCGUGCUGUGACAACUCUUGUAGUUAACCUGGGUGAGCUGAUUGAUGAGCAACUACAAGAGUUGUGUGCAUGGGUAUGCUACCUACUGAGACAGAUAUAUUGUUUGUGACGUGUAAUAGUGUUUGUAAAUUUACAAAAUGUUCACAAAUAUUUAAAGAAAAUCACGGGUUUUUGUAAAA